UAUAACCAUAAGCCAUAUACCCAAAAUUCUCAGAAAAAUUGUUGGAAUAAGCUAAAUUUGUUAUUUUAUCAUAAUGUAUUCUCGAAGCAUUUUGAGAAAUACUUCCAUUUUUGUAAAUUCCUCGUGCAAGUCGGUUUUGAAUGUGUUUAUUAAUAGGUCUUAUGCUACCGGUACUUCGCAAAAAGAUAAUGACAAAAAAGGCCCAACAGGAAUUGUCUUAAUGAAUCUUGGAGGUCCAUCGACUUUGGAAGGAGUAAAUGAUUUUUUGACGAGACUUUUUCUGGAUCCAGAUCUUAUUCCUAUACCAUUUCAAACUCGCUUGGCUCCAAUUAUAGCAAAACGAAGAACACCUAAAAUUCAGGAACAAUAUGAUAAAAUCGGUGGUGGUUCUCCUAUUUUAUCUUGGACUGAGAAACAAGGAAAAGCAAUGGAAACAUUAUUAGAUAAAAUAAAUCCAGAACAUGCCCCACAUAAAUCAUAUAUUGCUUUUCGGUAUGCACCACCUUUAACCGAAGAUACACUACUACAAAUGAAGAAAGAUGGAGUUAAACGCGCGGUUGCUUUUACACAGUAUCCACAAUAUUCUUGUUCAACUACUGGAAGUAGUUUAAAUGAAUUAUGGAGAAAAUCAGAACAAAUAGAUCCUGAACAAUCAAUUAAAUGGAGUGUUAUUGAUCGAUGGCCAACACAUCCGGGAUUAAUAGAGGCAUUUGCUAGGCAUAUAGAAACUGCUCUUAAACAAUAUCCUUCAGAUGUUAAAAAAAAAGUAGUUUUAUUAUUUUCAGCCCAUUCACUGCCAAUGGUUGUUGUCAAUCGUGGUGAUACAUACACUUCAGAGGUUGCAGCUACAGUACAUAGAGUUAUGGAACGUUUAGAAUUUUCUAAUCCAUAUCGUUUAGUUUGGCAAUCUCAAGUUGGUCCACAACCAUGGAUGGGUCCACAAACAAAUGAAGCAAUAAUUGGACUUGGUAAAAAAGGUCAUAAUGAUAUCUUACUUGUUCCUAUAGCUUUUACAAGUGAUCAUAUUGAAACACUUUUUGAAUUGGAUUUGGAAUAUGGUCAUGAAGCUGAAAAGGCUGGAAUCACGGGAUUAAAACGUGCAGAAUCUUUAAACGAUGAUCCAAUUUUCGUUGAAGCAAUGGCAAAUAUUGUUAAAGAUCAUCUACGAUCUGGUAAAAUUAUGUCAACUCAAUUAACAAUAAGGUGUCCUAAAUGUAAUAAAGAAGUUUGCCAAAGGUCGAGAGAUUUUUUUGCAAAUCAGAAUCUAUAAAUAAAAAUCAGGAGAACAAAAAAUCAGGAGAGGUACAAAAUAAUGUUAUAUUUAGAUAUCACGUGAACUUUAAGCAUGGCUUGGCAAAAUAUUAUUUUACUAAAAAAGAGAAUUGUUUAUAUUAUGUAUAUUGUAUGUUAUCACGUGUAAUAAACUUUAAAUUAAUUGAAC